CUUUGACACGUCAUUUUUAGGUUAGAAGGGUGUACUAUUUAUUUUGAAAAACAAGCAAUAAACAAACAGGCGAUAUGUUCAAGAAACUAAAAGAAAAAAUCACCGAAGAGGUCAAAAUAUCUCCGCAAAGGUUCGCGGAAUUUACCCAAUCCGUUAGCGAUAGAUUACAAAACAACACGACGUCCGAUGAUAAUUUCUUUUCUAUAGGGGACGAUGAUGCAAACACGUCUGUAGAUAGUAAUAGUUACGGGUUUUCGAGUGUUCAACUAGUGUCGCCUACGCAAGAUAGAAAUAGAAGAGGUUCGACAUCAUCAUUAGCUAGUGAUGUUUCUUUUUUACCUAAAUAUGAACCAGGCAGCAUGUACCACUUACAAUCAGACUUGGAUGUAUCAGCUAGUGAAGUGGAAGACAACAUUUCGACUGCUUCUUCGCAAUUGGGGCACCUGAGCAAAGAGCAGGUGUACUUAGCCUUUCAAAAAUCGCAAAAUCAAUACCACAAAUACCGAGGAAGAUACACCGAUUUGUCCAGGCACUACAAGAACUUAGAAAGGGAAAUUGUCAAAAUGAAGAGCGUGCUCGAAGAAACGCAAGAUAAAGCCAUCAGAAGGGCGGCAGAAUUGAAAGAGCAAUGCAAUUUAGAGCAGAAAGCGAAAGCGCAUUUAGAAGGUGCUCUGAGAGACGAAAUCGACGAGAAAAAUUACAAAAUAAAAACCCUGCAAACUAAAAUUAAUCUACUCCAAAACGAUCAUGUAACGAAUAAUUCAGUGAGCCCCGACGACUCGGCCAACAGCUCGGACAAUUUAGAAAAUUUAACCAAAUACCUCAACGAAUCCCGCAAGGAAAUAGAGAAUUUAAACGCGAAAAUACAGGAACUGAAAGCGAACACGAUCGUAUUCCAAAGCAAAGAGCAGGAAUACAAAACGAAAAUCUCGAAUUUCGAAAAGGAAAUCGCCCAAUUUUCCGAAAGAGAAAAGGAGAACAACUUGAACUUGGCGCAGAACAAAAUGGAAUUGCACAAAGAAAUUCUGCUCAAAGACGCCGAGUUAUCGAACUUGAAGAGAGAUUACGAUACGCUCAAGCAGAAAUUCGAAUUCCUCGAAACCGACAACAGAAGUCAAAAGAUGGAAAAUUUGCAAUCGCAGAAUGCGAAAUUGAUCGAAAAGGUCGAAACGCUUUCGCAAAAAUGCAACAAUUUCGAGAGCGAUUUAAUCAAAAUGCAAACAUAUAAAAUAGAAAUAGACGAAUUGGCCAACUCCAGUGUCCGAUACGAAGAAAAUAUACAAAAGAUUCGCGAAGAUGCAAAGAAAGGCAUCUUGUCUCUAGAUAACAAAAUCAGGCAAAAAUUAGAAUUAGAAUUUUCCGAAAGGGAACAAGAAAUUCGAGACGAAUUCACCGCGAAAUUGCAGGAAUUAAAUACCAACAAUUCCGUGCAGGAAUUACAAAUGCAACUACUCGAUAAAGACAACACCCUUAAAACUACGAACGAAAAACUGGCGGAAAUGACAUCCGAAUUAAACAAAAAAACAGAAUUAUACAGAGAUCUAGAAACCAAUCAUUUGCAGCUGAUCGAAAACUGCGCCGAGCUGCGCGAAAACAUCUCCAAUUUGGAGAAACGCAAUCUAUCAGUGGACUCUUACGAAGAUAAAAUCCAGCGGCUCGAAGCCCACAUUCGCACCUUACAAGACGAAUUACAGGCCUCUGAAAGCGCUGUUGAAUCAAUCAAAAACGAAUCACUGCUGAAAAACCAGAAAUCCAGCCAGAUCCAAGAGGAACAAGCCAAGCAAUUGGAACUACUCUUAAAAAACCAAAACGAAGAAAUCGACAACUACAAACAAAUUCUUGAAUCAAAAGAAGGCGAAUUGAGCGAUAUAAACAAUAAAUAUUCCCAAUUACAGUCGCAGUUGAAUAAUACACGAGAGAAGCUCCAGUUACUCGAAACUGAUUCGGUUAUCGAGAAACAACGAACCGAUUCGUUAGAAACGAGACUUAGAGAAUCUGAAGAAAAUUAUAAAUCAAAAGAAGACGAAUUAAAUGACGCCAAUAAAAAAUAUUCCGUCCUACAAGCAGAGCUUCAAGAGAAGCUUCGAUUACUCGAACAGAAAGAAACUGAUAAGAUUAACGAUGAACAAGUAACCGAUUCGUUGAAAUCGCAACUAAAAGAAUUAGAAGAGAAUGUUAAAUCGAAAGAAGGCGAAUUAAUCGAUAUCAAUAAAAAAUAUUCCCUCUUACAGUCGGAGCUGCACGAUACACAAGGCAAACUAAAACUGCUCGAACUGAAAGAGGACGCCUUGAUUAUCGACAAGCAAGACGCGGAUUUGUUGGAAUUGAGGCUUAGAGAAAUGGAGGAGAGCCACAGAAUUCAUUUGGAUAACCUCGAAAAGGAACACGAAACAGUAUUAAAGGAUCUGGAUUACAUUGGACAGAAUCUAGCGGAGGACGAUAGUUUCACGAAGCUCUUCGCUGAAGGCGAUAUCAAGGAGAAACUUGGCCUUUUGAAGGAGUUGUGCGAGAGAAAAGAGAAACGCUCCGACUUAGAGCGACAAAACGCCUCUAAAGCGGCUCAAAUCGAAAAACUCGAGUCGGACGUGUCGGACUUAAUGAGCAAGAACGGUGAACUAGAGCUGAAAAUUCGCCAUUUAGAAGACGAUAUAAACAGCAGGGAAAACGAUAGCCGAGAAAAGGAUAUUUCCAUUAAAAACCUCACGGAAAGAUUGCAAGAGAAUCACGAUCAGAAUAAGAUUUUGCAGGAAACAUUGCAAGAACUACAAACGUUCCAUCGACAAAAUGAGGAUCGCAUCGAAGAAUUGGAGCACCAAAAAUCGGAUCUACUGAUUAAAUUGAACGCAUUAAAUAACGACCAGCAGCAAGAAAAAGAGUCGCGUGAAAGCACGUUAACAAGCCAAACGGAAAUAAUUAAUAAGCUAGAAAAGGAAUAUUCGGUUCUCAAAAAUGAAUACGAUCGAGAAAAAACCAUCUCCGAUAGUACGAAGCAAAAAUUGACCGAUUUAGAAGAAUCGCACAAUAACCUACAAGCUAAUUUAGAACGGUCGAUUUCAGCUAACGAAAAACUCAAAAGCGAAACCGAGGAAAAAGACAAGAAAAUCGAAAAGCUCGCAGAAGAAGCUCGAAGAGUAAACGAAGAAACAAUCGCAGAAUACAAAACCAAACUCGACAACAGCACAGACGAUUUGAAUACCAAAAACUAUCAAAUACAAUCGCUCCAAGAAGAAAUCUCUUCGCUUAGAGCCAACCUGGAAGAUUUAUCGCACGAGCUUUCGCAAAAGCACGCCGAUCUAAUCGAAAGGGACGCCGAGCAAUCGAAGACGAAAGAAGAAAUCUCCGAAUUGAACAGAAGGCUGCAAGAGCUUUCGCUGGACAACAGAACCGUAUCGGACGAAAACCAAACUCUAUCUCAGGAAAAAGACGAGCUCAAAGUCGCCUUGGAGCUUCUCAAACGCGAAAACUCCAACUCCGAACGCCUCAAAUCAGACAACUCAGCUCUAACCGGCACGAUACAAGAGCUUACUAACAAACUGUCGGAAUUAGAGCAAUCCAAAUUUGAACAAUUCGAACAGUCCAAACCGAAAUCGUCCGACAAACCGGACGAUUCGGAGCUCCUCAAGGAGGAAAUCGCCAAGUACAAAUCCCUGGUAGCCACCAACAAAAGCUCGAUAGAAUUCUACGAGAACGAAUUGCGGAAAACUCGCAACCAGAACGACAAGUUGAACAGGAAACUGGACGAGACACUGGUCACACUCGGCCAUUUUUCCGAGCUGUCCAAUUCCACCGAAUUGGAGUACUUGAGGAACGUGCUGUACAAUUACAUGCUGGGGAAGGAGAGCGUGGUGUUGGCUAGAGUGAUAGCUGCGGUUUGUAAAUUCGAUCCGCAACAAACGGAGACGGUGUUGCAGAAGGAACAGCAGAAACAGACGUUGGUAAGUGACUAA